UGGUACAGGAAUAUACUGAGCUCUGCAGGGAUGGGGAAUGGGGUAGCGUGGACUUUGGGACCUCCCGGAAAAUUACUGUAAUGGGAAAUCGAGUUGCAGGCCCGUUCGGAAAGGCUGUCACCGGUCUACUGUGAGGUCGUCGUCUGCGUGCCAUUGUUGCGAAUAAUUCUCUCCCAAACUUAUAUAAAACCAGUAGAUAUCGAUCCCCAUCAUCAACAUGCGCAUUUCGUGCUUUCGCAAUACAUCUCAGCUUUCUCUGCUGAAGAGGUGGGUCAACACUCUUCUGCCUCAUAGGACCUCCUCCUCCUCAUACAGCUUUGGCAUAGCAGAAUCACAGCUCACGCAUCUUCGAGGGAUUUUCAGCCUGAGGGACUCCCUGUUGAAGUCUGCUGACUUUGAGAGCAAAAUGGAGGUUGUGAAGGUUGCUCUGAAGUUAGAAUCUGCAGCACUUGAGAAAGUUGCUGUUACGGCUGGUGAUAAGUCUUUUACUUACGCAGAGGUGUUACGUUCUGCUUUCAACAUCUCGUCUAUUUUGGAGAACAAGGAUGGAAGCAAUGGGCAUGUUGCUGAAGGCGAAGAGUCUGCAGAGAAACAGGUCGUCGAAGCUGAAGCCGGCAAGAAAGCUGAUGGCCCAAGAAUCGGUAUUAUGGCCAAACCUUGUGCAGAGUUCGUUGCCGCAAUGUGGGCCGCCUGGCUAAAUGGGGCUGUUGCAGUUCCGCUUGCUCUGAGCUAUCCGGAAGCCGAGCUUAUGCACGUUAUGACCGAUGCGGACAUUUCCGUGGUCGUCGCAACUGAGGAGUAUCGUGAAAUUUUAGAGAAGGUGGUUGAGAAGAGCCCAGGAGCCAAAUUGUAUAUCCUCCCUCCCGUUGUCAACACCCAUGGGAAUGAAAUUACAGAUACACAGAGUUUGGAUAAGCUCUUGGUGGAAGUAAAGAAUCGAUCGUUAACCCUUUCAGGUGAAGAGGCAGCACUUAUCAUCUACACAAGUGGCACCACCGGGAGACCAAAGGGUGUGGUGCAUACUCAGGCAGGCCUAGGAGCACAGGUUCGAAUGUUAUCAGAAGCUUGGGGAUACACUGCCGAUGAUCGAUUCCUUCACUGUCUGCCCUUGCACCAUGUCCACGGCUUAAUCAACUCACUUCUGGCACCCCUUUAUGCCGGAGCAACGAUUGAUCUGCUGCCCAAAUUCAGCACGAGUGGUGUUUGGCAACGCUGGCGCAGCAGCUAUCCCGUUUCUGGAGAAGUUGCUGCUACCCCGAUCACGGUCUUUACUGGCGUUCCGACGAUUUACGUGAGAUUAUUGCAAGGGUAUGAAACCAUGGAUGCAGAAACACAAAAAGCUUCUGCUGAUGCUGCCAGGCAACUACGUCUGAUGAUGUGCGGAUCUUCUGCUCUUCCACAACCUGUUAUGGACCAGUGGGAGUCUCUUACUGGACAUAGAUUGCUAGAAAGAUACGGCAUGACAGAGUUUGGAAUGGGGCUCACGAAUCCUCUACAUGGCGAAAGGAGGCCAGGUUUUGUUGGCAAGCCUUUUCCGGGAAUCGAGAUAAGAGUAGACGAUUCCGACUCCGAUGUGAAAGGCGUUGGAGAACUCUUGAUGAAGAGCCCGUCUAUGUUCAGGGAGUACUGGAGGCAGCCUAAGGUGACAGCGGAUAACUUUACCGAAGAUGGUUAUUUUAGGACGGGCGACACGGUGACAAUCGAGGAUGGUUAUGUCAAAAUUCUUGGGAGAACGAGUGUGGAUAUCAUAAAAGUAGGUGGUUUUAAGCUAUCUGCCCUUGAGAUUGAAGCUGUUCUCUUAGAGCAUCCUGCAAUUGCGGAGUGCGCUGUUCUCGGCCUGCCCGACAAGGAUUACGGAGAACUCAUGUGUGUAGUCAUAGUUCCCCCUGAGGCUAAAGCAGCAGAAGCAGCUGCCACCUCAGAACCUGUGCUCACUCUGAAAGAGCUCCACAAAUGGGGUGCAGAUAAAAUGGCACCUUACAAGCUUCCUCAAAAACUUCUCAUAUGGGAGAGCAUGCCUCGCAAUGCCAUGGGCAAGGUGAACAAGAAGGAAUUGAAGAAAACUUUACUGGAGUCUACUUCAUAAGAAUUCGUGCUUCCAAUUUUGCUCUUCGUCACCUUCUUUUACCUUCAAAUUCGACUUUUUUACAGCCACUUCCUUCAAAGUGAGCGCGUGUCUUGAUUAAGAUACUCGAGAACUUCGGACUCACCUGUAGCCUGAUCUAGCUGCAUAAGGGGAGUAGUAAGUUGAAGACAGUGUAGAUAAUUUGUAUUUUGUGUAAUUGGGAGACGUUUGUUAAUCAGCACGAUUAACUAAAAGGGCACGCCAUUCUUUCUCCAGCUAGGAGCAACACGCACUCAAAAGAUUCACAGGUCUCAGGCACCUGACAAAUGCUACUACUAGGUAGAAUCCACUCUGAAAUGCAGAAUAUGAAACGGAGUUUAGGAACGAGGGCGUAAACGAUUUGAGAUAAGAUAGUACAGCUGUACCGAGCAUUGUUCAUGUUCCUCCUGUGAUAAAUAGAAAGAUGCCUGUCCCUCCACGCUGGUCUCGUUAUCGUCUUAAACUCUUUUCCGGCCAUUGAUCUAG